AUGGAUGCUUUGAGUAAAAUGAUGGAUCGAGCGGCGGGCGGAGGCUUCUUGAGAGGAUUCUCAGCCCCGAUCGGGGUGCCCAGUGCCCGAAGAGUCUCUCAUUUUCUCUUUGUGGAUGACACCCUGAUUUUCUGUGAUGCCGAUAUGGAUCAGUUGACCUACCUGAAGCAGGUCCUACAGUGGUUUCAGAUAGUAUCAGGUCUCAAGAUCAACCUCGGCAAGUGUGAGAUUUUCCCAGUAGGUGAGGUUGCUAACAUCGAUGCUUUGUCUUAUGCUCUCAGAUGUAAGGUGGGUUCCCUUCCCACUACUUACCUGGGUCUCCCAUUGGGCGCUUCACAUAAGGAUAUUACGUUUUGGAAUCCAGUGAUCGAAAUGGUUGAAAAAAGAUUAGCAGGCUGGCAGAAACG